AGAGUCUCGCUCUUGUCGCCCAGGCUGGAGUGCAGUGGUGCGAUCUCGGCUCAGUGCAACCUCCGCCUCCCGGGUUCAAGCGAUUCUCCUGCCUCAGCCUCCUGAGUAACCAGGACUACAGGCGCGCACCACCAGGCCCGGCUAAUUUUGUAUUUUUAGUAGAGACGGGGUUUGGCCAUGUUGGCCAGGCUGGUCUUGAACUCCUGACCUCAGGUGAUACGCCCGCCUCGGCCUCCCAAAGUGCUGGGAUUACAGGCGUGAGCCACCGCGCCCGGCCUUGUUUGGCUGUUGAAUUUGUUUUGAGGUUUCCCUUUUCUACCCAGAAACCAAGAAACCAGGGGUGUCUGAGGCCUCGCAGAAAUCUCAGCUUUCGGAAAGCUCAGGCUCCACCCAGGCUGCACUAGGAGGAGCUGCGACGCCCGGGCGGGACCGUCUCCUGCUGGCAGGGCGGGCGGGCGGGCGGUGUGCAGACCCCGGAAGUCCCGCCCCGGGAACGUCCGGCCUUGGGCAGUUUUCUGGGUGGGAAGUGCGAUUUUGGCGGGCGGUUGUGACGUUACUAGCGCUUGUCCGGUGGCUGCUGAGCUGCCGCAACGAAUAGGGUUUCUGGCUGCGUAAGAGGGACAGGGGCGCGGAGCUCUGGGAAAGUGCACCAGGCUCCCGAAAGCUGAACACUGGAGUCGCGCGUCGCCCCCGCAGCAGCGGUAAAGCGGAAGUUAUGCUGCAGCCGGAGCCCGGGGUUCCUCCCGGAGCCGCGUCCCGGGGCCCGGCUGCCCCGCGCUGAGUGGAGCAUCCUUUCCGGGUGAGGGAGGAGGGGACUUGGUGCGUUCCCCUCGCUGCACCGAGAGCCGCAGCCGCGGUGUUCAUGCUGCGGAGCAGCCAGGCUCCUCCGACGAAAACCUGCAUUUCUUUGCUUGCCGGGCGUUUGCCUUAAAAAUGGACAAAGACGCCGCCCUCCGGGGUCUUCCUGUUUGCUUGACCCUGAGAGCGCCUUUUUGCUUCAGGACGUGUUGGAUGCUCCUGUUCUCCGAAUUCUGAUACGCUUCUGGGCAUAACAUUGAAACACAAAACUGCGCUCUUGCUCUCUCUGUGGUUGGCCGAAAAUAGGAUUCUUUUUCGUGCAGGUGUCGUUGUUUAGUCGGCUUUAUUAAGAUAUUAAAAUGGCUCUACCCAAAGACGCCGUCCCCUCCCUGUCCGAGUGCCAGUGCGGGAUCUGCAUGGAAAUCCUCGUCGAGCCCGUCACCCUCCCGUGUAACCACACGCUGUGUAGACCGUGCUUCCAAUCGACCGUCGAAAAGGCGAGUUUAAGCUGUCCCUUCUGUCGCCGCCGGGUGUCUUCGUGGACUCGGUACCAUACCCGCAGAAAUUCUCUUGUCAACAUGGAACUGUGGAAGGUGAUUCAAAAACACUAUGCCAGGGAGUGCAAGCUUAGAGCGUCUGGGCAAGAAUCAGAGGAAGUGGCUGAUGACUAUCAGCCAGUUCGUCUGUUAAGUAAACCUGGGGAAUUGAGAAGAGAAUAUGAAGAGGAAAUAAGCAAGGUGGAGGCAGAGCGACGGGCCAGCGAGGAAGAAGAAAACAAAGCCAGUGAAGAAUACAUACAGAGGUUAUUGGCAGAGGAGGAAGAAGAGGAAAAAAGACAGGCAGAAAAAAGGCGAAGAGCGAUGGAAGAACAACUGAAAAGUGAUGAGGAGCUGGCAAGAAAGCUAAGCAUUGAUAUUAACAAUUUCUGUGAGGGAAGUAUCUCGGCUUCUCCCUUGAAUUCCAGAAAAUCUGAUCCAGUUACACUCAAGUCUGAAAAGAAAAGUAAGAACAAACAAACAAACACUGGAGAUAUUCAGAAGUAUUUGACACCUAAAUCUCAGUUUGGGUCAGCCUCACACUCUGAAGCUGUACAAGAAGUCAGGAGAAACUCCCUAUCUAAGGACAUUGACAGUAGUGAUAGGAAAAGCCCAACAGGGCAAGACACGGAAAUAGAAGAUAUGCCGACACUUUCUCCACAGAUACCCCUUGGAAUUGGAGAACAAGGUGCAGAUUCUUCAAUAGAGUCCCCUAUGCCAUGGUUAUGUGCCUGUGGUGCCGAAUGGUGCCAUGAAGGAAACGUCAAAACAAGACCAAGCAAUCAUGAGAAAGAGUUGUGUGUCUUAAGUCACGAGCGACCUGAAACCAGAGUUCCCUACUCGAAAGAAACUGCAGUUACGCCUUGUGGCAGAACAGAAAGUGGGUGCGCCCCCACAUCAGGGGUGACACAGACAAAUGGAAACAACACAGGUGAGACAGAAAAUGAAGAGUCGUGCCUACUGAUCAGUAAGGAUAUUUCCGAAAGAAAGAACCAAGAAUCUUCCUUUGAAGCAGUCAAGGAUCCAUGCUUUUCUGCAAAAAGAAGAAAAAUGUCCCCCGAAUCUUCCCCAGAUCAAGAGGAAACAGAAAUAAACUUUACCCAAAAACUGAUAGAUUUGGAGCAUCUGCUGUUUGAGAGACAUAAACAAGAAGAACAGGACCGGUUAUUGGCAUUACAGCUUCAGAAGGAGGUGGAUAAAGGGCAAAUGGUGCCCAACCGGCAAAAAGGAUCCCCAGGUGAGUAUCACUUACGCGCUGCGUCCUCCCCUCCAGACAAAGUGCUACAUGGACAGAGGAAGAAUCCCAAAGAUGGGAAAUUCAAAAGGCAAACCCAUACAGAGCAUCCAAUGCCAGAGAGAGGCUCAAGGGAUGAAAACAGGCAACUGUCUUUAAAGAUGCAGUUGAAGCAGUCAGUUAAGAGAAGAAAGACACCAAAUUCUCCUAGAGAUUGCUGUAAGGUAUCCGAAAGUGCCCACUCCCUGCAGCCUAGCGCCUCACAGAAAAGUGUUUUCCAGAUGUUUCGGAGAUGCACACAGUAAUGCCUGGUAAAGGGAGCGCUUUGUGAUCUAGUAAAGCUGGAUUGUGAAGCUCUUUCCUAUCAUGGAAUCUUCAUGCACAUGUGAUUCAUGCUGCUGUCUAGGCACACUCAUUGUCCUUAAUAAAGGUCUGUGUGAUUGUAAGGACUGCACAGACACAUGAGCUUCUGCACAGCUCAGCGGUAAGCAGGGGUCCCCUGUUAAUAACAGAUGUGUAUUAAGCUUUACAAUUCUUAUAGAUAUCUUAAGCUUUGGCCAACUCCAGGAAAUCUUCAAGUGCCAUUGUCUUUCCAAAAAAUGCAUGUUUUAUGGCCUUUGCUUACCUUUUUGUCCUGACUGGUAAUCAAAGCAAGAUUAUACUAUUCUGAGUGAUUAAGGAACCCAUACAGGGUUUAAAAUCCAUUUUCUUGCUAUUGUCCGAUGUUUACAGAGUACUCAAAAGGUUUUCCUAAAGUAAUCUAAUUUCCAUCUCCAAUUUAAUUCAAUUUUCAGCAUUGUAGCAUUUCCUUUGGUGUUUGUUUUUUUUAGACGGAGUUUCAAAAUUUGGAUUCAUAUUCAUAUGUGGGAAAUCCCAGUUUUUUUGUUUGUUUGUUUGUUUUGUUUUGUUUUGUUUUUUGAGACAGAGUCUUGCUCUGUCACCCAGGCUGGAGUGCAAUGGUGCCAUCUCAGCUCACUGCAACCUCUGCCUCCUGAGUUCAAGCGAUUCUCCUGCCUCAGCCUCCCGAGUAGCUGGGAUCACAGGCAUGUGCCACUACACCCAGCUAAUUUUUUUUUUUUUUUUUGUAUUUUUAGUAGAGAUGGGAUUUCACCAUGUUGGCCAGGCUGGUCUUGAACUCCUGACCUCAGGUGAUCCACCUGCUUCGGCCUCCCAGAGUGCUGGGAUUGUAGGCGUGAGCCACCAGGCCCGGCCCGUUUCCUUUGUUUUAAAGUGGAUUCAAAUCAGUGUUAAAUCAGAAAAUCAGGGUUUUCUAGGAAACUGGUAAUUAGUUGCCAGAAAGGAAACUGGACUAUGCAGUAGAAAUUAAGAGCUGGGAUGAGGCUGGAUGGGGUGACUGACAGUCUGGAUCACUGAAACUGAUUGGGUCAUCAGAAACUGGUCCAGAUGAGGCUGGAUGGGGUGACUGACAGUCCGGAUCACUGAAACUGAUUGGGUCAUCAGAAACUGGUCCAGAUGAGGCUGGAUGGGGUGACUGACAGUCUGGGUCAUUGAAACUGAUUGGAUCGUCAGAAACGUCCAGAUGAGGCUGGAUGGGGUGACUGACAGUCUGGAUCGUUGAAACUGAUUGGAUCGUCAGAAACUGCUCCAGAUGAGGCUGGAUGGGGUGACUGACAGUCUGGAUCACUGAAACUGAUUGGGUCAUCAGAAACCGAUCCAGAUGAGGCUGGAUGGGGUGACUGACAGUCUGGAUCAUUGAAACUGAUUGGGUGGUCAGAAACUGGUCCAGAUGAGGCUGGAUGGGGUGACUGACAGUCUGGAUCACUGAAACUGAUUGGGUCGUCAGAAACUGGUCCAGAUGAGGCUGGAUGGGGUGACUGACAGUCCGGAUCAUUGAAACUGGUCCACCAUGACACAGCAGGGGCAGUUUGGCAGAGCAUCCUCUUCCCUUGUCCUUCGUGAAAGAACACAGGAAACAUUUGGGUUUUAUAGCUUUUCACACCCUACUAUCAGGCAUCAAAAUCAAAAUUAGUUACUAAAUUGGGUGAAUUUUUGAAAACCUGCAUUUCUAUUCAUCUGCUGUUCCAGAAAAAAAUGGGAAUGUAUUACAGGAGAGUUACCUCACAGUAUCUUAUGUUGUGGAACCUGAAACAUAACCAUGUGUUUUCUUAUAUGAUCAUUUGUGUUGAUACUGCUUUUAUUUGAGUUUAUGAACAGAAGUAGAAAGUAUGGUGCUGGGUUUUGCCUUUUCUUACUCCUGAAAGUUAAAUCAGAAGACACUGAUUUCAUUUUGUGAAAUUUAGCUCAGAGACGAUUGAUCAUUUGUUUCAUUCAUGUGAACUAUUGGUAAAAAAUAGCUUUAGCAGCAUUUCUGCUGAUACCUGGUAAUCUAUUCUUUUAAUGCGAAAAUAACGACAAAAUGUCCUGGAGCGAAUUCGAGCUUCAAUUUGCCAAUAUUUCUGUAUGUCGUUAAGGUUUGUCCUCUGAGCUUGGUAAUAGAAAUUUUGUCAGUCUUUGCAUACUUGAUGGCAUCUGUGUCAAUGCUGAUUGGGUAAUUAUAACUUCUGUGCUAAUUUAAAACUUAACUUGCCCCUUAAGGUGAUUGCCCUCUGAGUAAUGAUUGCAGUUAAAUGAAGUAUAGUCUGCAACUAUACAAUCACAUUGGUUGUUAAGUAAAAAUACAUAAACUAACAAAUUUUUCUAAGACAGGCUAAGAUCAAUCUUCUCAUCAAAUCAGUUUUUCUCUAAGAGCAAUUUCACUUUAAGUUUUCGGGUGGACAUUCUUGAAUGCCUCAAAUUAAAAGUUACCUAUUUAAUCUUCCUGGAAUAGUCUGUGACCAAAAAGGAGGGUGUGAUAUAUUUAGGUGUAAAUAUAUCACAUAUAUGGUAUGAUAUAUUUGGGAUUUAUAUAUUCAGCUAAUUGUCUGUGAAGAAGUCUUCCUGACUAAAAUUGGCUUCAAGGUAAACUAAUUUCUCUGUUAGUAUUUCUACUCUGCCUACCAUGUACACCUUUUUGUUAGAAACUAAUAAAUGUAUGAGUCGCUAGCA